AUGAAGGGUGUUUCCAUUUCUCUGCUCCUAUUGGGGCUGGUCUUGGGAAGUCUUGCCAAAACCACACUUAAAGAUGUCUUAGACAUAGUAGCAGAUAGAAAAAACAUGGAAAAAGUUCUGGAACAAGCCACCGUGCAAGAAAUCCGAGAUGCAGCUGAAUGUCUACAAAAAGAUUUCAACGAGGCUUUGAAACUGGUCAAGGAAAUUGUUGAACUUGACCAUAUCCUGGAUACAACAUUCCGACUUAACCCAAAGUUUGAAGUGUUAACAGCAAAGCUUGGUGAGAUGUUUAAUGACGUAGAGAUGGACGUUAAUAAACUCCCAGACUUGACAGACAACAUGGAUGAUUGGAUGUUCCUCGACCAAUGUGUGGAAGUUGCCCGUAACACAGACUUUAACCAGAUAACAGACAAGAGGGAUUUUCUUAACGAAGUUUUCAACCAAAUUUUCGCGUGUCAAGCAUCAGGACUUCAGUUUCUGGUAGAUCUGGCCGACAUUAGAGAUUUGGCUGACAAAGAUGUGACGAAGACGACGAUAGGGAGGAAACUGAUUUUCUUAGAGGCUGCCGUGAUAGAGAUGGCUCAUCUUCUCAAAUUCAAAGAUGAUUUUGUGAUCCGUGUUCUUACUGACUACGACGAAAGUACCCACAACGAAUUGGUCCAUGGACCGAAUGAAGGAGGACACAAGCCAUCCCCGUCUCCUUCACCUUCGCCAGAGAAGCGUGGGAGGCCUCCAGUAAAACAAGGAGGAAUGACAGGAAAUGACGUCAAACCAAGCUCACCUGCUCCCUCAACUGGAGGACCCAAAGGCACAAGGCCACCACCAGAAGAUUCGUCAGAAGAGAUUGAUGACGACGAUGACGAUGAUGACGAUGACGACGAAGACGAAGACGACGAACGAAGUCUCCUAAUACGCAUAUUGAAUGUACUUCGUAGAGGAAAAAAGGGAGGAAAUAAAGGGAAAUCUAAGCCAAAGGGAAGUCCUUCUCCAGUUAAAACGACACCGGCCGGUCCUAAAGGAACUAGACCACCACCAACUGAAUCAUCAGAAGAGGUUGAUGAGGACGAUGACGAUAAUGACGAUGACGCAGACGACGAAAGAAGUCUCCUGAUACGCAUAUUAAAUGUACUUAGUAGAGGAAAAAAAGGAGGAAAGAAAGGGAAAUCUAAGCCAAAGGGAAGUCCUUCUCCAGUUAAAACGACACCUGCCGGUCCUAAAGGAACUAGACCACCACCAACUGACUCAUCAGAAGAAUCUGAUGAGGACGACGACGGACGAAGUCCUCCCCCAGGUAAAACAACACCUGCCGGUCCCAAAGGAACAAGGCCACCACCAACUGACUCGUCAGAAGAAGUUGAUGAGGACGAUGACGAAGACGACGAAGAGGAAGACGAUGACGACGAACGGAGUUUCAUAUCACGUAUAUCAAAUGUACUCCGUGGAGGAAAGAAAGGGAAUCCUAAGUCAAAAGGUAGUCCUCCCCCGGGUAAAACAACGCCUGCCGGUCCCAAAGGAACAAGGCCACCACCAACUGACUCGUCAGAAGAAGUUGAUGAGGACGAUGACGAUAAUGACGAUGACGAUGAUGACGAUGACGAAGACGACAAACGGAAAGAAGUUGAUGAGGACGAUGACGAUAAUGACGAUGACGAAGACGACGAAAGAAGUAUACGCAUAUUAAAUGUAUUUAGGAAAUCUAAGCCAAAGGGAAGUCCUUCUCCAGUUAAAACGACACCUGCCGGUCCUAAAGGAACUAGACCACCACCAACUGACUCGUCAGAAGAAUCUGAUGAGGACGACGACGGACGAAGUCCUCCCCCAGGGAAAACAACACCUGCCGGUCCCAAAGGAACAAGGCCACCACCAACUGACUCGUCAGAAGUAUCUGAUGAGGACGAUGACGACGACGAAGACGAGGACGAUGAACGAAGUCUAAUAUCACGUAUAUCAAAUGUACUCCGUGGAGGAAAGAAGGCAGGAAAGAAAGGGAAACCUAAGACAAAAGGUAGUCCUCCCCCGGGUAAAACAACGCCUGCCGGUCCCAAAGGAACAAGGCCACCACCAAAAGACUCGUCAGAAGAGAACUUAUUUAGCAAAGAAGUUAUGGAAGACUUUCUUGAUAAGAUUAAAGGCGAUAUGAAAAGAGAAUAUUAUACAAGGUAA